AUGGGGAACCAGUCAUCAUCCGAGGCCUACGGGGAGCCUCUUUCUGUCCCGCCGCCGCCGCAUGAAGACCGAGCGCAGAGUCCGACCGUCUUCACGUUCGAAGAAGCUGUCGCGGCUGCCUCUAAUCAGCGGGACUCUUUUGCUUGGCACCCACCGGUUUCAUCAGUCUACCCAUCUCCCAGCCUUGAUCUCGAGCUCCUCCAAGAACAACAAGCCCGCCAGCUCGCGUUUGAGUUCCGUCAACAGCAGAACCUGCUUGAGUUCCACCAGUGGCAGCGGGAAACGAAGAAGCUACUGCGAGAGCGUGAGCGGCGGCGCUUCACCAGCUACGAGUUUGGUUUUUAUGACCAAGCCGUCACCGACACUGAGCUCGACGACGAAGACGACAAACUCCUUGAAAGGGGGCGCCAGCAGCGACAACAACUGAAGCAGAAGCAAAAGCGAAAGGAACGGUCAAGGCGAUCUUCCGUUUCUUCCUUCUUUCGGUCACGGUCCUCGCAACGGUCUAGCCUGGACCUAAAUCGACCGGACGACCGUGAAUACCGUGAUUUUCGUGACUACCAACGGCGAAACAGCAUCGGUUCCGUGUACCGCGGCACUGGCGACCGAGCUGCGUGGGAUAUCGGCUCCAUGACGCACGACCAAGUCUUAGGCCAGUACUAUGGUGCAUCGCUUUCCGAGAAUUGGCCACCACAGGCCGGUUCUCGCACCUCUUGGAACUACGACAUGUCGUCAUAUGCGGCCAAGCGACUGCUCCAUAUGGUCGACGACAACCCUAUGGAUAACAGGCUCGAGCAAGCGUCAGUAGCAUCAGAGAGCAGGUAUUCCAUGGUGUCCGAAGUGACUUGGAAGAGCUCCCACCCUGUCCGCUCCGAAAGCCCAACACUCGCCAGGGCCAACUCGGAUCUUUCCCUCUACGCCCCUGUCCGGAGAACAUCGAUCGUUCAGAUCCCUGGCGUGGCCACGCGUAGAAACAGUACGAGCAGCUUUACGAGCGUUGGUGGCGCAUCGAUGCGACCUGUGUUCCGCCACAGCCAUCCUGCCACAACCCCAAGUCUUUCCCGACGUACAUCAUUCGAGUCAACCGGUAGUCGCAUCAUGUCGAUGCCGCCACCAGAGCUUCAAAGACUUGAACUGAGUGCCGACAACACCGCUAGAUCAACGGCCCGUGUAUCAACACCGCCCGAUGGCGAGUACAACACCAUUGGAACUUUCAAACUGGGCUCGUUACGUAUCACGAACGGAGCUGAGAGCCCCAUGUCUUCGCCCGAAACAAAAAGGGCGCGGAGAGAAAAGGAACAGGCGGCCCAAGACGAGGCGUCGGCACGCAGCCAGGCCCACGCCGCAGUGGAACGAACACGAGCCUUGGCUGCUCUAUCGGCGAAUAGUGACACAAAUUCCAAUGCCGUCGUUACCGUUACAAACGCAUCGUCGGCAGCCGAGAAAAGCGAUGGCGGUCGCAUAAUUAGUCCCCUCUCGCCGGCCCUCUUCCAACCCCCCGCUGAGCUCUUUGCCGGAAACGUGCCAAAACCUGUCGUCAUUCACGAGCUGCCCGCUCGCGAGCCUGUCGUCUCUCCUACUGAGCUUCCCCAAAUUGAGGUCUUGCAAGACAUCUUUGCCGAUUUCGAAUUCAGCUCGUUUUCGUUUGAAGACACGGUUCCUGCCACCUCGGUUGAAACGCCGUCCGAGCUACCAACUCUCGUACAAGCAACGCUGCAGACAACAUCCAAAGCAACCGCCCAGGACGAUCUACUCUUCGAUGAAGAUGAUCACAGCACCUCCGGCUACGCCGAUGCAGAGGUUCUCGAUGUCCGUCUCGAUCCGAAUGCAAAAGCUGCGGCCAGCCGUGGCAAGUCUGAGGCUGUGACAGCUCGGAAGAGCGCCCACAGUAUGCAGAGCGUCAGCCGAUCCGACAGUGGCUUUGUUUCAAGCCCAACAUCCGAGUCAUCUCGCAAGCCGCUCAGCAAAGCCGACUCUGGCUACAGCUCCAACGUAUCUCUGCGGUCGUUCAAGCAGGCUGCGGCAAAGCUUAUCAAUUCUGGUUCCAAGGCGGUCAACCGACUCUCUUCUGAUAAAGAUGCGAACGCACAAGGUGCCGAGAGGCAGUCAUUCAUCAUUGACGAGCUGCAACUUCCAAGCCCCACCAUCAACAGCCCUGACAUGGAAUUCCGGUCAAUGUCUCCGGCCACCAAUAUGCAGAUCAAGAGGAAACCAGUUCCGCAUUUCGUUGACCGGUACCUCAACUCCUGCAACUUCAGAGUCGUCUGUCCCCGGUCUACAAUGCGGCGCUCCGGCGAUGAGCAAAAAACACCACGCGGCACCAUUGCCACUCGACAACAUCCCGCCCGUGCCUCGUUCCGGCAGCCAAGCGUCGCCCGCAAGAAGCCCAGUUCUCUUGACACCUGCCAGCGUUAA